AUGUCUAACAAAAAUUUUUCAAAACGUCCUUAUUACGAAAUUAAUUCAGACUUAGAAAAGAACACUCUUAAUGAAGAACUCAACUUAGAUAAAGAAAGCAGUGAACUUCUAGAAAAAUCAAAUUCUAUUUUAAGCUUACUAGACGAAAAUGAUAAAAAAAAUAAAAGUGCUGUGUGGGACCAUUUUGAUAAAUUUGUAGAUAAUAAAGUUGCUAAUGAUCCAGCUCAAGAUCAAAAUAAAAGCAAUUUUUUUGGCUUGUUCGAAAUAGGUAAUGAUUCUUCUGAUGAAGAUGAACUAGAAGAAUAUCUUCGUUAA